GUUUUUUUUUUGUUUUUUUUUUUUUUUUUUUUUNAACGGCCUACGGUAGUAGAAUUGAAUUUGUCCUCUCGGAAAGCUCGGUUGAUUAAUUAAGAAAUCAAUUGAGAGAAGAUAGGAAGAAGCUUGGCAGGCAUGGAGGAGCAUCAGCUUAACCGACAAUUUUCUGACCACUCAAAGCGAACGCCGCCAUCCUCCGCCCACUCCACCACCCGCCUCGAGAAGGUCCUCUCCGACCCCGACCUUCCCUGGCUCGACCGGUUCUCCACCGCCACGUGGAUCGAGCUCAACCUCCUCUUCCGCCUCGCCGCCCCCUCCGUCGCCACCUACCUCAUCAACAACGCCAUGUCCGUCUCCACCCGCAUCUUCACCGGCCACCUCGGCAACCUCCAGUUCGCCGCCGCCACCCUAGGCAACGACGGCAUCCAGCUAUUCGCCUACGGCCUCCUCCUGGGGAUGGGCAGCGCCGUCGAGACGCUGUGCGGGCAGGCGUACGGCGCGCGGCGGUACGAUAUGCUCGGCGUGUACAUGCAACGGGCCACGGUGGUGCUCCUCCUCUUCAGCCUCCCGAUCGUGGCCGUCUACCUCCUCUCCCGGCCCCUCCUCCUCCUCAUCGGCGAGUCGGAGCGGGUGGCGGCGCUGGCGUCGGUCUUCGUCUACGGCCUCAUCCCACAGGUGUUCGCCUACGCCGUCAACUUCCCGAUCCAGAAGUUCCUCCAGGCGCAGAGCAUCGUGAUGCCGGGCGCGUUGAUCUCACUCGCGGCGCUGGGGGCCCACCUGGUGGUCUGCUGGGCCGCGGUUUACAAGGUUGGGAUGGGCCUGCUGGGGGCGUCCCUGGUGCUGAGCCUGUCGUGGUGGGUCAUUGUGGGGGCCCAAUUUGCGUACAUUGUGGCCAGCCCAAGGUGCAGGGAGACGUGGACAGGGUUCAAGUGGGAGGCGCUGACCGGCCUGUGGGAGUUCGUGAAGUUGUCAAUUGCAUCGGCGGUGAUGUUGUGCUUGGAGACGUGGUACUUUCAGGUACUAGUCCUCAUUGCGGGGCUCGUGGAUAACCCUGAGCUUGCCUUGGACGCACUCGCUGUGUGUAUGUCGCUGAGUGACCUAAUGUUCAUGGUAUCGGUGGGGUUCAAUGCUGCAGCUAGCGUGAGGGUGGGGAAUGAGACGGGGGCGGGCCACCCCAAGUCGGCGGCUUUCUCGGUGGUGAUUGUGACUCUUGUCUCCUUCAUAGUGGCGGUGGUGGCGGCCGCCGUCGUUCUAUACCAGCGCCACGUCAUCAGCUACAUAUUCACCGGAGGCGAGACGGUGGCAAACGCCGUGUCCGACCUCUGUCCGCUGCUGGCAGUCACCCUCCUGCUAAAUGGAAUCCAACCAGUCUUGUCCGGGGUGGCUGUGGGCUGCGGAUGGCAAGCGUUUGUGGCUUACGUAAACAUAGGUUGUUACUAUGUCGUUGGAAUCCCUCUUGGAUGCCUUCUUGGAUUUAAAUUCAACCUUGGCGUCAAGGGAAUUUGGUCCGGCAUGAUAGGAGGAACGGCUAUGCAAACACUCAUAUUGCUCUGGGUUACAUUUCGUACGGAUUGGAACAAAGAGGUGGAGAAUGCAAAGAAGCGUUUGGACAAGUGGGAAGAAAUCAAACAACCUCUUCUCAAGUGAGCAGAUACAAAAGGUGAUGUUGCAGACUUAUGAUUUAUAGAUAUCCAGAGGUC